AUGGCUAUCAAGGUUGCAAUCGUCGGCGCAGGCCUGAUCGGCCCUCGUCAUGCCCAAUCCGUCAUCACCAACCCAUCCACUGAGCUAGUUGCUCUUGUUGACCCAAUGCCAACUGGCGAAGCAACCGCCUUGGGACUCAAGACAAACUACUACUCCUCUGUGGCCUCACUCCUGGCGUCCACUCACCGGCCCGAUGCAGCAAUUGUCUGCACCCCGAACCACACCCAUGUCCCCGUCGCCAAAGAGCUUCUUGCAGGGGGGGUGCACGUCCUCCUCGAGAAGCCAGUGAGUGACACCUUGGAGACGGGUCGCUCUCUACUCGAGUUCGCCAAAGCCCCAGAGCAGGCCCACCUCAAACUCCUCGUCGGCCACCACCGCCGCUUCAAUCCUUACGUGCGAGCUACCAAGUCCGUUCUCGACAGUGGCUCCCUCGGUCGUCCCAUCGCCAUUAACGGAAUCUGGACUCUGUACAAACCAAAUGCCUACUUCGCCCCACCAACCGACUGGCGCGCCUCGAAUGAGCGCGGUGGCGGCGUCAUCCCCAUCAACCUCGUCCACGACAUCGACCUCAUGCACCACUUCUUUGGACCGAUCGUUCGUGUCACCGCCGAACCCACUCUUCCCCAGCGUCCGAGCCCACACAAUGCCGACGAAGGCGCCGCGCUCACCCUGCGCUUUGCAUCAGGUGUCGUAGGCACAUUCCUGGUCUGCGACGCGACACCCUCCCCGCACAACUUCGAGACCGGCACUGGUGAAAACCCCCUUAUCCCGAAAACGACGACCGGUGGCGACUCGGACUUUUACCGGGUUUUCGGCUCGGAUGCUUCGUUGAGUGUCCCUGAUCUGACGCGGUGGAGCUACGACGCCAGCCCUGAGAAGAGUUGGAACCACGCGCUGAGUGUUGAGCGCAUUCCACUUCCAGAUGACAAGGCGCCCUUUGACCUGCAACUCGCUCAUUUUGUCGAUGUUAUUAAUGGGCAUGCGGAGCCCAGUUGUUCUGGCGAGGAAGGACUACGUGCUUUGGUUGUUUGUGAGGCUGUUCAGAAGGCCACGCGAUCGGGUCAACCUGUAGAGAUUGAUGUUGAUCUGUUAAGUAAGUCGGAUUAG